ACACUUCGAAGUACAAGUAGGGGUCGGUCGCAGUGUCCCCCUGCACACGAAUCCCCCCAACGCCCAUGAGCCACGCGAUGGAAAGUCGAGGACAUAGCAGUUACGACACGAUGGGAAGUCGAGGAGAUAGCAGUCAUGCGAUUUCCAGUACGUCGGGCAUGUCUUUGGACGAACAAGAGCCGCGGCUCCGUCUACAGUGCCAAUCCUUGUUAAAAAGUGCCCUGGCCACGCCGAUCAACAUUGCUACCGACUCGGGGUGGACGUUGAAGCACGAAAAGCAAGGCGUCCGAGUGUAUUGCAAGUCGCUGCAGGACAAGGAACUGGACAAAUACGUGUGCACAGGCACACUCAACACGUCGCUCCCGUGCCUGGCGUGGGGGCUUUACGCCGCCACCACGGACGACCUUCGCAUUUCCGCCUCCAUCUUGUACGAGAGCGAGUUCAUGGACGCUAAAGUCGUGCGCGUGUUCGAAGCAGCCUCCGCCGACGACUCGUUCAAGUUUUCCGGCGUCAAAUACAUCAAAACCCAGAUGCCCGUGCAGUCUACCCACGUCAGCCGCGACGCUGUCUACUUUGAAUACUCGGGGUGUCGAGCGUUGCCCAACGGCAGCCGGUAUUUGUUUGUCGUUCAAGAUGCCAUCCAAUCCAAACAAGUGCCGCCGCAAACAAAUGUCGCGAGGGAGUCUAUUACUAUAGUGUACCUGUUUAAUGAACUCCCGGGGGGCCGUGUGCAGUUCUCGAUGGAGUCGUCCGUGCUUCCCGUUGGAGUGAUCCCAACAUGGUUUACUGCAUACUCGUACUGGCAAACCAUGGCGCGACUAGAAUGUCUUCCGGAAGUUCGAAGCAUUAUUGUCUCGGCGCGGCACUUCAAUGUUGCGUGGGUGCCUGACAGCGCGAGAAAACACUGCAUUGUGUGCACGAAACGCUUCAGCCCGCUGCGAAGUCGCCACCACUGUCGGUCGUGUGGCGAUAUCAUGUGUGCCGCUUGCACAGUUCGCAUCGCAUACACGCCGCUGUUUUUGCAGUCUGAGCCGUCCCAAAAGGCCAUGCAAGAGCGUAAAAUCUGUGCCCAAUGUAUUCGAGUGACGAAGGAAUCGCUCAUUGCUAAAUAUCCAUUGCACGCGAUCAAGCCGCCAUCCCAGUCAACCAACAUAAGCUGUUUCGACGAACACAAUACACUCAACGAAGGCGACAUAUCCAAGGUCAACCACCGCCUUGGCGGAAUCUCAACCUCCGACACCACUGCGACAACCAAAAAUGACUCCCCCCCUCCACGACAAUGCGUCAGCAUGGACGAAGGGAAUUGCCAACAUGAUCAUGAUUAUCUCGACAACCCGUUCCAGUCCAUGGCGCUAACAAGACCAACCGCUGCCCGAUACAGGCGAAAGACACCGGGCCCGACCUCUGAAGGGUUCAUCGUGUGUCAGUUCAAUGGGAGCAAUUUGGAAACCAUCCAUACCACUGAAAAUGGACUCACGCUGUCCAUUGCACAUCAACAUUAA